GAACAGCUGAUCACUUCACUCACACCUCAUUCACUUUGAGUGUUUACAGGCAGGAUGAUGCUGCUGCUGCUGCUGCUGCUGCUGCUGCUGCUCCUUGUUUCCUCUGUCGUCAGGAGGCCCAGAUGUAAGAGCGGAGCAAAGUUACUUGGGAAAACUGUGAUCAUCACAGGAGGAAACACCGGCAUCGGUAAGGCCACGGCGAUGGACCUGGCCAGGAGGGGAGCCAGAGUGAUCCUCGCCUGCCGGGACAGACAGCGAGCUGAGGCGGCCGUCCAGGACAUCGUCCAGGAGACCAGGAGCAACCAGGUGAUCUUCAUGCAGCUCAACCUGGCCAGUCUGAAAUCUGUUCGCUCCUUCGCCGAAGACUUCCUGAGAUUUGAGUCCAGGUUGGAUCUUCUCAUCAACAACGCAGGCCUGAUGACCUGUGGGAAGACAGAGGACGGUUUCGGGAUGAUAUUCGGCGUCAAUCACCUGGGUCACUUCCUGCUGACGGUGUUGCUCCUGGACCGGCUGAAGGCGAGCGGACCGAGCCGUGUGGUGAACGUGUCCUCCAAAGCCUUUGGUCUUGGGAAGGUGGAUUUGAACUUUCUGAGGACUCACAGAGAUUUGGCUUCGGGCAGUAACGACCUCCAGGUCUCCCAGAAAUACGGCGACAGCAAACUGUGCAACAACCUCUUCACCUACGAGCUGGCGAAGAGGCUGCGGGGCAGCGACGUCACCUGCUACAGCCUCCACCCAGGAUGUGUGAGGACGGAGAUCGGCCGUCACUUCAGCUUCUGGUGGAAACUCUUCUUUGGUAACAUCUUCCGUCUCUUCAGUAGAGAUGCAGAGUCUGGAUGUCAGACCACGCUCCACUGUGCCCUGGAGCCAGGCAUCGAACACCUCAGCGGCCAUUUCUUUUCAGAGUGCGCCCCAGAUCACAACGUCCUGUCGAAGGCGAGAGACGACGCCGUGGCCAAAAAGCUGUGGGAGCUCAGUGAGACAUUCUGCGGUCUGUCUUAAAAACAGACGUCAAGUCUUUUUCUUCGGUGAAUGUAACGCACGCUGUUCACCUGUGACACCCGAGCUGCUCAUUAAAGGUCAGAAGUUUAAAAAACUAA